UUAAGUUUUAAGUGGAUACCUCCCGAAUAUAAUACAUGUACCUACAGCACUAAUUUUGAAAUCUAAAGUUAAUUGACUUUUUUUUUCUUUUAUAAAUAGUUACUUGAAAUUCGCUGUUGAUUCUGUUAGCAUCCUCGAAGAGGAACAAUCUAUGGAGCAGCAAAGAAAAGAAGCAACUGAGCGUUUGCUUUCCAGUCAAGGACACGACAACCUUUUUUACAGUGAAGAAAAUGUCGGUGUCGGGGAUGGAGGAUUGGUGGCUGUUUCCAAUUUUACCAGCAUUCUUGGUCUUAGCAUCCUUACGGCUGCUUGCAUUACCUUUGGUUUUGGCUGUGCCAUAGGAUAUUCAUCGCCUACUCAAUCUUCAAUCAUGGAAGACUUGGGACUUUCUGUGGCUGAGUUCUCACUGUUUGGUUCAAUUCUGAGUAUUGGAUCACUAAUAGGUGCUGCAAUAAGUGGGAAGAUAACAGAUUUGUUUGGUCGGAAACUGACCAUGUGGAUUUUGAAUUUGUUCUACAUCGGUGGAUGGCUUGCCAUAGCAUUUACAAGGGCCCCUUGGUUGCUUAAUCUUGGAAGAAUAUCACUAGGAUUCACAAAUGGAAUUUCCGGUUACUUGGCGCCCAUCUACAUUGCAGAAAUAACAACAAAGCAUGUCAGGGGAAGGUUUACAACCAUAUUGCAGGUGAUGGUUGGCUCGGGCGCAUCGUUCAUGUAUGUUGUUGGUUCCUUUGUCCAUUGGCGCACAUUAGCUCUGUUAGCUACGAUUCCCGGUCUGCUUCAACUCCUACUCAUCUUCUUCAUACCAGAAUCUCCUCGAUGGCUGGCAAAUGUUGGUCGUGAGAAAGAGCUUGAAGCCGCUUUGUUGUGCCUUAGGGGAGAUAAAGCUGAUAUUUCUGAUGAAGCAACUGAAAUAAAAAAUCAUGUGGAGUCUCUUAAAAGUUUCUCAAGGGGAGGAAUUGUAGUAGACAUAUUUCAAAAGAAGUAUGUUCGGCCAUUGCUUACUGUUGUUGGAAUGAUGGUCCUAACAAAUUUGGGAGGAAUAAAUGCAUUUGUAUACUAUUCUGGUGCUAUUUUUGUCUCAGCUGGUAUAUCGAGCAUGGUAGGACUCAUCACACUAGCUGCUACUCAGACAGUAGUUGGCAUUUUGAGUUCAACCAUAAUUGAUAAAUUAGGAAGGCGACCACUCCUACUGGUUUCAUCAGCUGGAUUAUGCUUUAGUAGCUUCCUCACAGGAGUAACAUUCUUCUUAAAGGAUUUUAAUUGGUGGGAUCAAGGGAGUCCUAUUUUGGCGUUCAUUGGCUUAUUGAUGUAUAUGGGCUCGUAUGCACUUAGCGCAGGACUACCAGGGCUGCUAGUAUCAGAGUUAUUCCCAAUAAAUAUAAAAGGUUCAGCAGGAAGCAUCUGUAAUUUUAUGGGCAAUUCCACUGGUUGGGUUGUUGGAUACUACUUUAACUUCCUAACUGAAUGGAGCUCAGCAGGGAUAUUCUUUACAUUUUCUGCAUUUUGCUGUGCAAAUUUCAUCCUAAUAGCGACGAUGGUACCUGAGACUAAGGGACGAACACUGGAGGAAAUCCAAGCAUCAAUUACUCCCUCUUCAGACUGAAACAGCAGCGGCUUUUCCAAAAGUUAUUUCAUCAUCAGCAAUUUGCUUUAAAUCUUGAUCUGUUGCUGUUGAAUAUGCCAAACUCUUUAGCGACGUUGUUGCUCUUUUACUACAACAUACCAUCGAUACGAAUAGGUAACGAUGGGACCUGACAAGGCUAAAACCCAGCAACACUAGUGUAUCUGUCCCUAUCAUUAGGCAAUAUCUGGAUCCUGUUAGCUCACUUAUUAAGCAUGAAAUUUAAGAAGGAUUGCUUGACUAACAAGGGAGCCACUUGCUUUUGUGGUUGACCAAUUAGAACAUUGGUUGACGUUGUUAAAAUGGGGUUGUUGGUAUGUGGGUGGUGUGACUAGCAUAUAUAUGAAAAAUAUUUAGCCUGGUAAAA